CAAAUUUAUAUAUUUAAUUAAUUAAACUAAACCCCAUUCUGCUCUAUUUAUAGCACAGUUCUCAUCACAAAUUAUCUAAUCAAACAAGGAAAGAAGAGUCAUAAAAGAGAAAGAGAGAUCAAUCAUGUCUACUGCUCCAGAAUGGAUCAUGGUUGGAGGAGAAGGUCCUGAGAGUUACAACCAACAUUCCUCGUAUCAGAGAGCGUUGUUGGAAGCCGCAAAAGAAAAGAUGAAGGAGGCAAUCUCAAGCAAACUCAGCCUUGACUUGAUCUAUGAUCGUUUCAGUGUAGCGGAUUUUGGCUGCGCGAGUGGACCUAACACUUUUGUGGCGGUCCAGAACAUUAUAGAUGCUGUAGAAGCCAAGUACCAUAGAGAAACCGGACAAAAUCUGUCGGAUAAUAUCGAGUUCCAAGUCCUCUUCAACGAUUUUACCAGCAACGAUUUCAACACUCUCUUCCAGGCACUUCCUCGGGGAAGAAAAUACUAUAGCGCCGGGGUUCCUGGUUCCUUCUUUGAACGUGUUCUUCCUAAGCAGAGUUUCCACAUAGGAGUUAUCAAUUACGCAUUUCAUUUCACCUCCAAAAUCCCUAAAGAGAUCACAGACCGCAACUCUCCCUCGUGGAACCGAGACAUGCACUGCACCGGGUUCAACCAAGCGGUCAAGAAAGCAUAUCUUGAUCAGUACUCGGCCGACACCAAGAAUCUACUAGACGCUAGAGCAGAAGAGCUCGUCCCAGGCGGGUUGAUGUUGAUUUUGGGAUCGUGUUUAAGAGACGGGAUUAAGAUGUCCGAGACAUCUAAAGGAAUAAUGAUGGAUUUCAUCGGAGAUUCUUUGAAUGAUCUUGCUCAACAGGGUGUCAUCGAGCAAGACAAAGUGGACUCUUUCAGCACUCCACUCUUCCUUGCGGAAGAAUGUGAGUUGAGGCAAAUUAUAGAGGAGAACGGAAAAUUCACUAUCGAGGCUUUUGAGGAUAUCAUUCACCUAGAUGGGGAGUUUGUGGUAGACCCUAAGAACUCGGCCCUCUCCUCCAAGGCUAGCUUUGGAGCAUUCCUAACUGCACAUUUUGGAGCAGACGCAAUGAGCCAAGUCUUUGAACUCGUGGAGGCCAAGAUACGAGAAGGCGUGUCUCGCAUCAUGAAUGCCAAACCCGAUAUGCAAUAUCUCAUCGUGCUUCGCAAGAACUGCUGAUCCAAAUAUAUUAUAGAUUAUCUUUCAAUGUUAACUUUUGUUUUCAAUUGUUGUUUCUUCUCUUCUUUCAUCUCAUGGUGCUUUGUCUUCAUCUUUUUUUAUCGUUUUUGUCUUAGAGUCUCUUUGUACACCAGUCCUAAAAAUGAAUAAAUGGUUGUAUACAUGCAAGUGUUGUUGAUGAAUGAUCAUUAGUAGUUAUUUCAUAAGUUGUGUUGGUAUUCUAAUUUGGAUUUCUCGUAUAUAGUAUGGAAGGUAUUCAAAACUA